AUGGAAUGUGAUAAGAAUUUUGGUCUUGUUAACCAAAAAUCAAGAGCAGAAGUUCCCGAAGACUGGUUGCAAAUAUUGGAGGAUGCCCGCCAUUCGCCAACUCCAUUCAACAUUAUCAAUGUGAAUCACACAUUAUUCCGUAGUUGGACAAAAUUUCUCUACAAUAGUUACCCUAAAAAGUCGCCAUGCCCAUCUAGGACAAUAAGAGAAAUCAACAUACAGAGAAGAGCUCUUCUACAAUAUCGCACCACAUACAAUGGGGCUUGGGAGUCAGCUUCAUUGCAAGGAAAACGCCGCAAAUCCUCAAGGCUACCUGUUUGUCACCUCAAGGAUUACGAAUUUAGGCUACCUGAGUAUAGCUGUGAAGGACAGCUUCCAAUAUCUGCUAAGAAGUUUCGCGAUAUUCAGCAUUUGAAAAAGUUUUGCAGCCGAGCAGCGCAAGAAUUUUUUGCAAAUUUGCCGCUCCAAUAA